UUGAGAUUACUGUGAACCAUAAAUGAAUUGGGGGAACAUGUUCCUGGAUGCUCAGCGAUGUUUCCUGUUGGUCUGAGUUCAACUUAUGGGAUGGACUGGUAUAAAUGGCACCCUGGGACCUUCAUUCAACAGAUUACCCUGAACCUGCCAGAGAGAUACGUCCUGAGACCUACAAAUUGCUGCAGUCAUCAUCAUCAUGAAAGUUUGGAUUGUGUGUGUGCUGCUGUGUGCUGCCUUUACACUGAGGACCGCUGCAGCUGCAGCAAUUGAGAUUGAGCCUGAGCAGAAUCAGAAACUUCCAGAGGAAGCUACUGAGCUGGUUGUUGAGAAGUUGAUUGAUGCAGCUGAAGAUAAGGAGGAAGCUCUCAGACAAAAUGCUGUUGAAGAUAAGUCAGGCUACUGUCCAACUGGCUGGUUUAGACACAGAACACGCUGCUUUCUGCUUGUGAGGUCAACUCUGUCCUGGCAAAAUGCUGAGGCACGGUGUGUAGCUGAACAGGCAAGUUUGGCAUCUGUACACAACGCUGAUGAAUAUAAGUUCCUGCAGAGUUUGCUUCAAAUUGCUGGCAUAUCACAGGCUUGGAUUGGCGCGUACAACUUCCAGGGAACAUGGUGGUGGAUUGACAGAGCUCGGUUCUCCUACACUAACUGGUACACAGUGAGCAGUGUGACCAGCUACCCAUGUGGUUUCAUGAGGAGCAAUGUUGGCUGGUCUAACACUAACUGUGCAAAUGGAUAUGCAUACUUCUGUUCUAUUGACCCAAGCAUAUGCUAAUGUACAUAAAUGAGUAAAUGUAUAUAGGUAAAUCAAAGAUCAUUUGAUAUCAUUAUGUGAAACACAAAUUCUUAUUUGUUUUGGGAGCCCUUGAUUGAUGAACAUUGUUUUUAUGUUGCUUAAUAAAUAAAACAACCAUUUUCCUA